AUGCUAUCUACCAUCUUCAUUCCCAGGCUCAAUUCUUUCACCCGUCCCCUUUCACCGCUGCCCGUCGUGCCGCCGCACGCGCCAUCAGAGGGCGACGCUUCAGAGCUCGACGAAUUUGACGGCACGCGCUCGUUUGAUGACUUUGGCGGCUUCGGGCCUGUCAGCCUGGCCCCGGCGUACCUUCUGGGGAAGCGGCGGCACGGCCGGCACGCCUCAAAGGGCGUUCAAGGCGCUGUCGGUUUGAGUUUCUCAACUCCCGCGCCUACCGACGCCGUCCGCUGGUUUGACGAAGCUUGCGCGUCCCACCGUGGCGGGUGGCAAGUCUGGCGGCGCGUCGGCAGCUACUUUCAGGCUGACCACCGCCCGGGUCGCGAGUCUUCCAGCUCUUCCGACGAUUCUUAUCCUCUUGCUGCGGCCUCCCAGGAUUUCGCCAACCCCUCGCCGAGCCCUUCUCAGGUCUCCGCUGGGAUCCACACCUUCGCGUUUCGUUAUUGGCGGGUCCAAGAGAGCGAGUUUCAUGUCUUCUUCCAGUACACUCCUGAAGCUUCCCCGGACGACGUAAUCACCCCCAAGUCGUGGCUCGCUCAGCCCGAGCGGUUCGAGCUGCUGGACGACGAGAGCGAAGGCGGACGCUGCGUCCGCAUCUACGCGUUUUUCACGCCUCGCCCUCGCUCGCAGCCAGCUACGCUGCAGACGAUCGACUGCAACAUACCUCCUGCAUGGUGGAUGUCCAGGAUUUGGCAGAGACCACCCAGCUUGUACGGAAAUGGCCGCGGAUACCCCGGCUCUGGAUCAGUAUGGGUCGCCAGAACCGGAGCCAGGCCGCCGUGGCUGCCGGCACACACUCUGCCCCCGAUGAGCAGCGUCUGGCCGGAUUCAGGUCCUCCGUUCCCCUUCGGCAAGCUCCCAAUUGAAAUCCUAGAGCUGGUCUGCGAGGCACUCUUCAGCGCCAUCUUCGAGGGCCUGGAGCGCUCAUCUGACAAAUUAGACUGGCCGCCAGACAGGUACCUCCGCCGCACGCCCGCAAUCCUGCUCGUCUCCAAGGCCGUGAGUGACAUGGCUCUGACUGUCCUGUACCGUCAACCCCUCUGCCUUUCCAACGGGCCCCGACGCGAUUGCGCGACCGCUGUUGUAUCCAGCAUCACGCACAUUGUCAGCCCGACACUCUUGGGGAACCUACGUUUUGUAGAGCUGUCGCACGCCGGCCCCGUCCGUUCCACGUCGCUCCGCAACUUUCUAAUCAUGGCUAUAGCCGUCGUCCGAAUCUGGACGGAACACCGGAUGGCUGACAUGAGAAGGGCAGAGGCCCCGUUCUCGGGUGGAAGGGAAAAGACUGUGCUCAGGAGGAUGCUGAAAGUUGACUUCUCAAUGGCCGGUGUGGAUGACGGCGAUCGCUGGAAGCGCGUACGUCGAAAUGCAGACGAGCUCGCGGUAGCCUGUGCGGAGUUGACUAAGAGGGUGGUCGAACCGGUGAAAGUUGAGGUUGGACCGAACGCGAUCAAGUGGCAUCCACACUUGUGGGUCAAGGGCUUGAUCCAUAGCAGCGAUGUCGACGACGAUUUCGUCAGUAUUUUCGGCUAG